AUACAAAUUUAAAGUUAUACGAAUUUAUAAUUUAUAAAUUAAUUGAAUUUUUUCCAAAAAAGUGUUAUAAGUUUAGUUAUAGUUUUUGAGAAAUACUGACUUGCAUACAGGCCACUACAAUUUUUAAAAAAUUAAUAGAAUAUUUUUAUAUUUUUAUAAAUGGAUUACCAUAUACCAGUACCAGAAAGUAUUGAAGCGGAACUAUACCGUUUAAGAACAAAAACAAGAGAACUUGAAAUUGAACUUGAUACCUUAAACGCACAAAAUGUACGAUUAAAUAAUGAACAUUCACAAUUAUCACAUGAAUUGAAUUUAAGAACUAAAGAAGCUAAAACAGCAUCAAGUAUAAAUGCUGAAUUAAGAAUGAUGUUAUUUAAAGCUGAAAAUGAACGUGAUGAAUUAAAUAAUUCUUUACAAAGUUUAAAACAGAAAUAUAAUAAAUUAUAUGAUAAAUAUGCGGCAAAAGAUCGAACAUUUAAGGCGAUUAAUGAAAGUUUUCGUGAAGGAAAUCGAAUGAGUUCAAUUGGGAGACCAGAACAUGCUAGAGUAAAAUUCCAAAGACCAGAAAGUAUUUUACAAAGAGCCCCAUCACAAUGUAAUGAAAUAACAUUAGAAUUAAAUAAACAGCUUGAAGAAGCAUUUGAUAAAAUUGAAGAGCUCGAAUUUGACCUUGAAAGUGUUGAAAUACUGGAAAAUGAAAAUGAAUAUUUACGUAAUGAAUUAAAUAAAUUUAAAGAUUCAACUGAUUCACCAAUACCAUUGAAAAAGAAUAAUUCAAGAUCAUCAACUUUAAUCAAUGAACAACUACAACAACCACAACAUCAAUUAAGAUUAUCAUCAUCAGGAAAUCGUUUUUCAGCAACAUCAUUAGCUUCAUCACGUUCAUCAACAGCAUCAUCAUCAUCAACUGGUGAUAGUAAUCGUUUUUCUAUAGCAACUACUAUUAGAGCUGAUGAUUUAAAUCAAAAUGCAAAAUAUAAAUCAUUAUCAGAAGAUUAUAAUGAAAAUAUAUAUGAGACAAUUGGUGAAUCUCAUAUAAAUAUGAAUGUUAGGCCACCUGUUAAUUAUAAAAAUGACUCAUAUAGAAAUGAUAGUAAUAAUGAAUCAACAACAUCUGAGAAACCAACAAUAAAAGCAAAACCAUCAUUUUUACGUGGUGCAAGAUCUACCGUUGGCGGUGGUGGCAGUGGUACUGGUGGAGGUGAAAUAAAAGUUUUAACAUCAUCUGAAACCGAAACUAUGCUAAAUUUGGUUGAUGAAUUACACCAAUUUAAAUUUAAAAAUCCAAGUCAAGGACCAAAAUAAAAUUAUUAGCAUAAUAAUUAUUUUAUAUAUACUUAUUAUUAUAAAAUUAAAAAAUAAAAAAAAAAAAACUAAAUUGUAU